GAAAAAAUAUAUUACGGCAGAUUUGUGUAUGUGCAGUGGAUACCGAAAGUAGGAAACGUGGGCAUAAAAUCUAGAAAUGGCUACCGCGUCUCUCACUGCUGAGUACGCUAAAUCUGGCAAGGCGGGCUGUAAAGGGUGCGGAAAGUCCAUUGACAAGGGGGAACUCCGCAUAGGAUAUGUCGGGAAGGCAAACUUCGGAGCUACGGCGUGGUAUCACUACGAUUGUUUAUGGGCUGAUACAGACAGUCUUAAAUCGGUCGACGCGUCCAAAUCGGCAAAGGUUUUGGUGCAAAAUUACGACAGUCUGAAGGGUGAAGACAAGAAGAAACUGGAUAAAGAUUUUCCCAAGUUUUGCAAGGAAGCAUCCACAAAAGCAAGCAAAGCUGAACCUAAGCCGAAAUCUGAUUUGGCGGCAGAAUAUGCACCGUCUGCCAAGUCUAACUGUAAAGGAUGUUCAAAACCCAUCGGCAAGUCCACGCUGCGCGUGGGAUUCCCAGGUAAGGCAAAUUUCGGCGCCACUGCCUGGUAUCAUUAUGACUGCGUGUGGAAGGAAAGUGUUCUUCUAGCACCUAUUGAUACUUCUCAAAGUUUAGAAGAAACUGUAGAUGGGUUCGAAAAACUGAAAAACGAGGACCAGACAAAACUUAGCAGCGAUCUGAAGAAAAACUGCAAAGCAGCCGCAGAGAAAGAGCCCCCUUUGCCGCCAAAAAUGGCUGCAGAUUAUGCGAAGUCUGACAAAUCGGAGUGCAAAAGCUGCGCCACAAAAAUUGCCAAGAAUGCCUUACGUGUAGGGUUCACUGGCAAGGCAAACUUUGGGGCCGUGGCAUGGUAUCAUGUAGAUUGUCUGAAGAAAUGUCCACAAGAAUACUUGAAAGGAAUUAAGGCAGAUAAACCAUUGGAAGAACUUGUCGAUGGCUUCGACAAACUGAACAAAGAUGAUCAAAAGAAAGUAGAAAAGGAAGUGAAAGCUUUGGCUUCUCCUACAGGAGCACCAAAACGAAAAUCUGAGGGCGAAGAAAGUGCAAAAGCGUCUCCCGCGAAGAAGGGCAGGAAGUAGAGACAAUCAUGUGAAGCCAAGUUUCCUGUUGUCCGGCGGAUAUACAUGACUGUAUUGUACAAUCGCCCUUGACCAAUUAUUGCAUGCUCUGACACCGGUUUUUAAAAGGUGUAAUCUAUCCCUUAUAUUGUUAUCAUUUACUAGUCAAUAAAAGCGUAUAAUUGGA